AUGCCUCAGCAACUCAGUUCCCCCUCGGAACUGGCGACUCUUGUGGAAAAUUAUGACACUUUUCUCUUUGACUGCGAUGGUGUCCUUUGGAAUGGGGAUGCUGUCAUCGAUGGAGUUAUCGACGUGCUCCGUCUCCUCCGAUCGAAAGAGAAAAGCGUGAUAUUCGUCACAAACAAUGCCACCAAAUCUCGAAAGGACUACAAGGGCAAGUUUGACAAGCUUGGCGUUCAGGCGGACGUGGAGGAGAUUUUUGGUUCUGCAUAUGCCGCUGCUGUAUACAUUUCGACCGUCCUCAAGCUGCCACAGGGAUCAAAGGUCUAUGUCAUUGGCAUGGCAGGACUCGAGUACGAACUCGCACAAGAAGGAAUAAUAUCUAUCGGAGGAACAGCUACAGAAGACAAUACGCUCGAAUCCUUUCAUCUCGACACAUUCGAAAAGGAUCCAAACGUCAAGGCUGUCCUAUGUGGACUCGAUACGUCCGUCAAUUAUACCAAGCUCUCAAAGGCUUUCCAGUAUCUGAGGAAUGGUGAAGAAGAGUGCAAGUUCCUGGCGACCAAUGUCGAUAGCACCUAUCCCGUAAAAGGAGGCCUGCUGCCCGGUGCUGGAAGCUUGAGUGCCGUGCUCAGCCGGGCUCUUGGGAGAGAGCCCUUAUCGAUAGGCAAACCCGGUCGAACGAUGCUCGACUGUAUCAGAGCAAAGCACGAUUUCAAUCCUGCUAGAACGAUUAUGGUGGGUGACCGAUUGGAUACGGACAUUGCGUUUGGGAAGAAUGGGGGAGUCGCGACGCUUCUCGUGAUGACCGGGGUGACGAGCGAGAAGACUUUGGCAGAAGCAAGCUCACACGCCCUGCCGGACUUUGUCAUCGACUCACUCGGAGAUCUGCGUGUCCUCUGUAAACGACUCAAGGUCAAGUGCUCGCGAGGCCAGCCGUGCGAGCCAUGUGCACGUCGUUCCAAUGACCCUAGAAUUUGCGUCUAUUUGACCGCCAAUGUCGAAAAGCCUGACAUUGGAGUAUUGUGGAACAACCAGCGGGAGGCUGACCUUAAGAUUGACUCACUCGCUAUCCGAGUCGAUGAAAUACAAGAGGCAUAUAUGCCACGAAGAAUCACAGUACCUCCUCUCAUCCUAAUGUCGUCCUCCAACGGCAUCCACCAGAUGCACCAGCUGGACACCAUGACUGCCUUGUGGAUCCGGACCCUGGGCGUUUCGCCCACCCGCAUCCAAGCCCUACCGACGCCGUCCUAUCCCUCACCGAGCUCUAGACUGUUCGACUCUCAGGAGACAUCGAGUCUACACUCGUUCUUCUUUGCCCCUGAAACGUCCGUGGCCGUCGGGUCGCGCAGAAAACCCGUCGUCACAUAUCCAUUGCUUCAGCAGUUGCCGUCGAGUCUGUCCCGCGAUAGUCUCCUCUCGUCUCUCAAGAGCACCCUCAACCUUCACCCGAUAUGUUUCUUCCACUACGAGAUUGAGGCGCGCAUGCGUGCUUUGGACGACCCGAUCAAUUCGCUUUCCCCUGUGACUUCCAUUCAAGUUUCGUUCUUUGCCGUGGUGGCGGCCUCCAUGACGCUCGGCGCUCUGGCAUACCAUGUCGAGCGCAAAGCGUGGAAAAUGCAAUCCGAGAUUCCCGAAAGCGAGCGAGAUUUGACCAAGCUCUUCGAUAUGACGCGGUUGGCCAUUGCCUUGUCGGGAGAUACGGAUGACGACCGCCUUGAUGUCCUAUUGGCAUUGCUCAUUCUGAUCGUGUUUACGUUGCACUCUUUGGAAUUGGAUGGGUACCAGGCGGUCCUCUCCGGUGUUGCUCCUUCCGCACUUCAGCAGCAACUCAGGAGUUUACUGGACAGCAUGCGGCAAAAGGCGGAAAUAUCGGGUCUCUUGAUAGAACCGUUGAAUAAUCACACGGCAUCGAGUGUUUGGACAAGGGAGCGACGCCGGAUGCUCGCAGCCGCCGUUGCCUUUUACGAUUUUCAUGUGUCGGACCUGAUUGGCAACAAGAUCACGCUGGACGCUGCUUCGUAUACGGCUGAGCCACCGACGCCUUUGGAUGAUCGUACCUUCAAGCCAAGCUGCACGACAAUUCCGCCACCAGCGUCUAGCAUCAACCACAGCACCAUCUUUGCAACUCACAGGGCCAGGCUGUUAAAGUCUCUUCUUCAAGCGCGCAUGGAGAUUGUAUUCAUGCGUGACCAAGAACGCGAUCUCAUGAUUGCUGCCGCUGAAAAGGCCGAAAACAACACGGGGGAAGACAAGUCUACCCAGCCGUCGUUACCCCGUAGUGCUGGCGAUACCCUGGAGCAAUGGGAUGAACGGCUCCACCAACAACAAGGAAAUUUGCCGCACUCGAUUGCAUUCGACACCUCUGCGGAGUACGCUACCGAUGUGGCCAUCGUCUUUGCCGGCGAGCAGCGACCUCCUGGACCCUACGAGACAUCUGUGUCGCUAGCGACGGGAUACAGCAUCGCUCAGCAGACUGAGCUUGCAGCACUAACGUCGUACUACCAGAUGCGUUUUGCUGCAUUGCUUUUGGAGAAUGCACUCAUCUACAAGCCACGCGGUUCUCCUCCGAGUGCGAAUGGAACCGUCGCUGCUAUUCGCACAUUGGAUGCUGCGCAAGCUCUUUUGCACGUUAUCAAGGUUCAGCGUCACGUGCUCAAGAAAAAGAUGCCGCUCUGCUUGUCGAAUUAUGUCUAUGGCAAGCGAAUCUUUGACGCAGGUGUCAUAUUCGGCGUGCUCUGCACUCUCCCAGCCACGCGUGGAUACGAACGCAGGUCUCUUAUGGAUGCUGCCAAUGGCCUCCAUCAGUGCAUUCUUCUCUUAAAGGACCUGGAAACGUGGAUGCGACUCAAAGAAGGCGUCCCCGAGAUGACGGUUCAACCUGCAUUACAAGAAUUGAGCCCACCGUUGCGUGUCUUGGAGGAGCUUGCGGACCGUGCAGGUAUCCAGGUCAUUGAUGGCAUCGUGGAGAGUGUCGUGCCGAAGCGAAAGCGUGGUGCUUUCGAACUGGAGGAUAUUCAGAGUCUCUUUGACGGACUCAUCCUUCCAUACGUCGUAGGGGGUGUGUGGGUCGUUGGCCAGCCAUCCAAGCCCGUACCCUGGAGCUCGCAUGUCGAAGAGGUGGUACCCGUACCUAUACCAACUGCGCCUCUGGCCGUUGCACCUCCAGUCCCAGCCGCAGAAGACGAACACCACGACAAGCGAGUCCGUCUGGAAGGUAUCGUCGUGGAGCCUGUAGAUCCGUUUGCUCGAGCGGACCCCAAGCUUGCGUUUAUGGACAGGGCUACGCCUGGUGGCGCCCAACGACCAUCCAGUGCAACAAAUACGAGACGGCGCAUUGCCGUGCGUGCUCGUAUUCAGGACCAGCUCACCGCGAAGCGACCCAAGAGAAGAGUCGACGCAGACAAGUCAAAAUCCUCAUCCCCUUCGAGUUCCAACGAAGAGGAAAACGCCAAGCGGUUCGCGUUUAGUAUACCAGAAGAGCCGACAGAGUAUCAGCAGCAGUAUGCACUGUCGCAAUACUCUACUCAGCCCUCAAACGACCUCGGUCUCCAUCUUGCGCACUCAGAGACCAAACCAGUGGCACCACCCAACGUUGCAAAUGGCGAACCAGGACACGACACUCCGGUCACCGACUCUGGAUCAUCAGUGGAGUCGGCUCAGGCUGGAGUCACACACGGGUACAACCAAGCUGGCUGGCAGGAGAUGCAAGACGCGGCCGCGUACAAUCAGCAGAUGCUGCAGAGUCAUGCCUAUGCGCACCAGACCCACACUUCAACAGUGCAACGUUCCCAGCAGCAGCAUCAACAAUACCAGCAUGCUCCAGUGCACGUUCCCCAGCAUCCUCAACUUCAGAGCUCCUAUGCACAAUCGCAUGCAUCAAUGCCUCACGAGUACCAAGUGUCGCAUUCGCAGCCUCCACCAGCACAUCCUGCUCAUCUUCAAUACCCACAAGGAUAUGGGUACUCGGGAACCGAAAGCAGCGGCCGUUCUCAUCCGCAACUGGUUAUCGAUACGUCGUUCAGCGCUGGCACGCAAGCACAGGUUUCUCAGCCGCCGUCGGCUGUUGCGAUGGGUGAAGGAGGCGUGUUCUACACGAAUGGGCUUACGAUACAGCCCAUUGGGCCUGGUUCAAUAUACCAGACCCCGCAGGAGCAGUACGCCCGGUCGUGGGCUUCGACGGACAAUUAUCAUUACGGUGGCUACUAG